GUCUCAGAGCCGCGCUCUCAAGUGCGUCGCAUUGCAGUAAUAUAGCACUGCCGAAAGAGCGUGCUUCACGAUGGACGAGUGGGCUGCAGGGAAUAGCAGCGCGGUCGCCGUAUCGCAAGUCAGUCCCAGUCGUCGAUACACUGUACACAAGUCCGUGCGCUCCACACCAAAGGCAGGGCAGUAAAGUAACAAGUGGUCGAGCGUCUCCAAAUCGCCACAGUUGCUGCAUGCGGGGCGGCCAAUUCCCUGAAGCCUGUGCGUUCUCGCAGCCGUCUUGUAGCAGCCGACGCGCAUGCGAAUCAGGAAGGAGAGGUCCGCCCGAGAGAAGCCCACGCGGGGGAGGAGUCGAAGGGACGCACCUGCGGCGACGCGCUGGUCCGGGUGCUGCGCGCGGAGCGAGCGUAGAAAAGUUGUUUUCGCCACGUCGAGUAGUAGUAGUAGAAACAUUUAUUUCGAAGUGAAAGAAGUAGUUGUCGAAGACUUGGGCGGCGGAUGGAGAACUCAUUACAGAGCCCCUGUGGCCUGUGCUGCUGCCCUUGCCUGCUGUACCAGGCUGCGCUGGGUUGUCAGGCCCGAGCUGGACAGAGAGGCCGCUGACCGAGGUGGCGAGGGGGAAGCGACAGGAAUGCGCCCGCUUUGCGAGAGCGUCGGCGGCUUCGUUCCCUUGCAGGCCAAUGUGCGCCGGAACCCACUGCAACGCCAAAUCGCAGCCCUGGCUGACGAGAUGGCGGAGCUUUGAGCCGACGCGCUGCACCAACGGAGGUCCCAGGAGGAGAUCAGCUGCUAGGUCGAUCGCAGCAAGCUCGGCCACCGUCGACGACGACACAACACGAAGGCAGCACUGCCGUGUAGCACAAAUAUACGGCGCCGUGCACGCUGCCGCACCGGAACCAUCACUCGCCACUGAGCCAUCGGUGUAAACAAGCAGCCGGCCCUCCAAGCGCUCGUGCAGAAGUGCGGCCGUUUCCUGCUGCGUAGCGCAAACAGCUGUUCGACGCUUGGAUUUGACGCCUGGCACCGUGGUGUUGACAUCGAGUAGCGCGGAGGCGUGCGGCGGGACCGGCAGGGGCAGGAGUUGCGGCGUCGACGCGACGAGUGCGCUGAAUUCGGUGGCACGCUGGCCCAUGCCCGAGCCCUCGAGGGUAUGGAGGCGCCACGCGAGGCGUUGUCCCUGUGGCGAACGUUGAAGGCGCUCGACGUGGUUCAUCAACUAGCAAACUGUCUUCCAUACAACGGGCAAGUGACGCGUGCACGGUUUUCUCGAAACGUUGCGAUUAACUGUAUCGGUACCCACAAUCGCGACGGUUCGAUAAACGACCAAGCGUAUGUCGAUACUGCGGAUACGCGUCGCGCAGAUCAACCAAACGCAUCGCUCGCGUCGGCCACGAUUCCGCAUUUUUAAUUCAGCUGUCUCGCGAUGCUUUUGCAAGUUGUGCGCGUCUGCAAACCUAACCUAUCUGUUUCAGUCGCGUGACCCUCCUAUAUUUACUUAGGCCGUGCGCAAACGGGUACCACAUCCUCAACGCGCACCACGGGGGAGCUUCAGGAAAACAUCGGGACUUCAGAGACGCACGCCGUUUCCUCCGCGGGCUGCAACUUACCAGCAUUGAAAAAUGGCACCGUUACUAUAUUCGCCUGGGCGAAACGACUGUCCGUCAAUCUCCAUCGCUUCCUCGACAAUGUAAACCUCACCCAGGAGUCGCAGUCGCGGUACGAGGAGCUUCUCCUGCGGUCCAUAGUGAAUCGUCGCGGCCUUCGUUGCACUCUCGCGCAAUGUCCCGUUUGCUUCGAGCUGGAGCAACCAAGAAGUCGCUUUCUCUGGCGCUGCAUCGGUGUCCGAGCGGCCGGUUGGAUGCAAUGCGAUUUCUUCGAUGCUACACACCGAAGAAGCCUUACCCAUUCGCUUCCCCACGAGCUGCCAAUGAGCAGCGUAUUCCGCCACACCAGGGUCUGCGUCGGCUGUCGAACUCGACCGGUCUGCUCUUAAACGCGCCAGCAAGAGAAAAGUUUCUUCAAGCUUCGUGCGCAUCUGCAGGGCGCCACGAAGACAGGCCUCAUUUGUGGAGGACGACCCAGAACCUACACGACUUCACGAAGACUUGCGCCAAGGUCGCCCUACCUCCGAGAGGGCCUGCGCGAUACAUGUCCACUCAGUCGGACGGCGCACCGCCGGAGAGCUUCGCCUCUCCGGCGCUGGCGCCGCACCUGUACGUCUCGUCCAACACGUUCCAGAAGCGCGACAACCUGCUCGUGCUCGACCUGCUCAACACGGCGUUCCGGCGCGCGCCCAGCGAGGACCAACAGUUCCUGGACAUCGGCUGCGCCGUGGGCGACUUCACGCGCGAAGUGCUGCUGCCUCGCAGCUCUCCUUGCUGGCGCAUCGUGGGUACCGACGUGUCGAGCGCCAUGAUCGCGUACGCGGAGCGCUACUUCGCGCAUCCGCGCAUCACGUACGACGUGCUGGACCUUUCCCGUGACGUGUCUCCGUUCGUGGAGAGGUACGGCAGCUUCCACCGCGUCUACUCCUUCUUCUGCCUACACUGGAUCCGCGACCAGGUGGGCGCGCUGCGCAACGUCCGCAACCUGAUGAGGCCCGAGGGCGAGUGCCUGCUCCAGUUCUGCGCGCGCACGCCCGUCCACACGCUCUGGAGGGACUUUGCCCGCAUGGACCGUUGGAGGAGUCUGAUGUCGAACGUUGAAGACUUCAUACCGCCUAGCCAAGACGCAGAUGACCGGUUGUCUUAUUUGGAAAAUAUUCUGGCUGCAUCCGCACUGAAGCCACACACCUGCGAAGUGCUCCGGAAUGUGUGGACGUUCCCUAGCGAACAGCACCUUGCGGGUUCCAUUUUGGCCUUGCUGCCUGUGGCGGACGGCGUGCCUGACCGCGAGAAGGAGGAGCUGAACAAGGCUAUGUCGGCUGAGAUGUUGCGCCGUUGCCACAAGGGUCCUGCUGGGUUCAGUGCAGAGUUCGACGUGUACGUCGUUCACGCCUCUCGAUCCACCGUCUGCCAUCCCACAAACUGAACGACAAUGCAAGGCUGCUUGAAUUCGCGAGGGUGUGGCUUUACCACCCUCGCGUCACUAGGGCACAUUUUUGUUCGCUUAUCACCAAAUUGAUGUUGGUGUACAACAGGUCAAAUAUGCACACGUGGCCCAUUGUAGUUAAGCGACAUGCUUUACCUGUUGUUUCAUGACAGUGUACCAUCGAAAGAAUUACUCAGGGAUGAAUCCAUGACGUUAUCUCAAGUUCCCCUUUUAUUCCAGCUACUUUGACCAAGCAUGUACUUGUGUGGUCUCUUAUAUACCACCUUUCAUCGGGGAAUUAGUUCUGUACUCGCCAUUUCAGUAAACCAAAGCAGGAGUCGUUAUGCAUGCAUUCAAAAGCGUCACAUGCCAGAUUUGUCGCAUACCACAUACUAUGACUGCGAUGUGCUAUGGUGAAUAUUUUACUUCCAUAUGGACCAGGUAUGUGCUUCUUCACUAUGACCACACUCGUUUAUUUUCUCUGCCAGUCUCGUGCAAAUAAAGAAUCAAAACCAGG